AUGGUUGCUAAAAAGAAUGUUGGAGAACUACAGAAUGCUUAUGAUCCAAAGGCAGUAGAGGAAGGAUGGUAUGAAUGGUGGCAAAGCAGUGGCUUUUUCACUCCUUCAAGCUCACCUGACUCAGAACCUAAAGGACGUUGGAUCGCAGUGUUACCACCCCCAAACGUAACAGGAAAGCUACAUAUCGGGCAUGCUUUGACGGUAUCUAUACAAGAUUGUCUAGCAAGAUGGCAUCGCAUGAAAGGGGACACUUCUCUAUGGAUACCUGGAACCGAUCACGCAGGCAUUGCUACCCAAACAGUAGUAGAGCGUAUGUUAAUGCAGACCGAAAACAAGACCCGUCAUGAUUUAACCCGCGAGGAGUUUUUGAAACGUGUUUUUGAAUGGAAUGACAAAUAUGGUAACAAUAUUAAGACACAACUAGGGAGAUUAGGUGCAUCACUCGAUUGGACACGUGAUGCCUUUACUAUGGAUGCUGUACGAUCCAAGGCUGUUAUUGAAGCUUUUGUACGGAUGUAUGAUGACGGACUUAUAUACCGUGCAACUAGACUAGUGUCAUGGUGCCCACACCUCUCCACAGCGCUUUCAGACAUAGAAGUGGAUACCUUUGAAGUGAAUGCUCCCAUCACUAUAAAGGUGCCAGGAUAUGAAAAGAGUGUAGAGGUUGGAUGGUUAUGGGUAUUCAAGUAUGAAGUGAAAGGUGAAGAAUCAGGGAAAUAUAUAUCAGUAGCAACAACCAGGAUAGAAACUAUGCUUGGUGAUGUUGCUGUCGCGGUACAUCCUAACGACGCUAGGUAUCGUGAUCUGGUGGGAUGUGAACUUGUACACCCUUUUAUAGCAGAUCGAAAGCUCGUUGUGGUAGCCGAUGAACAUGUAGACCCAGAGUACGGUACCGGUGCAGUGAAGCUAACACCAUCGCAUGACAAAAAUGACCAUGAUAUCGCCAAACGUCAUAACUUACCAUUCAUAAAUAUAUUCACAGAUGACGGAAAGAUCAAUAAAAAUGGUGGAGAGUUUGCAGGCAUGCAUAGAUUUGAAUGUCGUAAACUGAUUGAAAAGAGGUUGAAGGAACUAGGUGUGCUUGAGGACAAAAUACCAAACUCUAAACCUAUGUCAAUACCACGCUGCUCACGUACUGGUGAUAUUGUGGAAUAUAUGAUCAUUCCACAAUGGUAUGUCAAUUGCAAAAACCUUGCGGCACGAGCUAUGGAACAUGUACGAGCAGGUGAUCUCACGCUCAUACCCUCAUCAUACGUCUCCGUUUGGGAAAUGUGGUUGGGAAACAUCCAUGAUUGGUGUAUUUCACGUCAAUUAUGGUGGGGACAUCGUAUUCCGGCGUACAGGGUAGUUUCUGAAGAGUUGAAUGGAGAAGAGCCCUGGGUCAUUGCGCAUGAUAUGACCGAAGCUAAGGAACGUACUAAAAAGCAGUUUCCUAACAUCUCGAACUUUGACCUUAAACAGGAUGAAGAUGUUUUGGAUACAUGGUUUUCUUCAGGGCUGUUCCCCCUUUCUACGUUGGGAUGGCCUGAUGAACAACAUCCUGACUUCCUAAAAUUCUUCCCAACGACACUACUAGAGACAGGUAAUGACAUUAUUUUCUUCUGGGUAGCACGUAUGGUCAUGAUGUCCCUACACCUAGUUGGAAAGCUCCCCUUCUCCACAGUAUACCUACACCCAUUAGUGCGUGACGCUCGUGGAGAAAAAAUGAGUAAAAGUAAGGGUAACGUGCUAGACCCAUUAGAGGUCAUCGAAGGAGCCACUCUAGACAGCCUCAUCGAGAAAUUGCACAACUCUAGUCUACCGCAAGGUGAAAUUAAAAAGGCUAUAGUGUUGCAGAAGCAACAGUUCCCUCAAGGCAUACCGGCAUGCGGUGCCGACGCUCUCCGUCUAGGAUUGCUCUCUUUAACUAGACAGAACCGAGCCAUCCUUCUCGAUGUGAACAAGAUAAUCUGUUCUAAACACUUUGGUAACAAGAUUUGGAAUGCGCUGAAAUUUGCCAUGCCGAAAAUAAAGGAUAUCAAUAUAGAUAUCCACUCUGAACCCCAAACGCUUCAGUGGGAAGAUCACUGGAUCCUAACAAAAUUGAAUGAAUAUAUAGCCAAGGUUACAACAGCAUUUGAAAACUACCAGUUCGGUGAUGCUGUACAAGCAGCCUAUGAUUUCUGGCUAUACCAACUAUGUGACGUUUACCUCGAGCUUAUAAAACCACGUCUACCGUCAUUCAAGGAAACUGUAUCGGACAAAGGAGCCGUUAUCGAGGGUGCGGUAUACGCAUUGAGUUGCAGUUUCAGUGUUGGUCUGCGUCUGCUUCAUCCCAUUAUGCCGUUUAUUACAGAAGAACUAUACCAACAUUUACCGCCACACCUACGCACUAGCGACUCAAUCACCAUCGCCGAGUUCCCUACGAUACGACCGUCCUGGGAUAGCCAUGGAGUUAAUGAGGAGAUGGAACUAUUGAAGUCAGCCGUUCACAGUCUGCGUUCAUUGUCAGCCACAUUGGGUAUAGCUCCUAAUGUUCCCAAGACAGGGUUUAUUGUAGCCUCGGAAGAGCGAUAUUACGAUCUGCUCAACACCUUGUCCACCCAUGCAGCUACACUGGCCAAAUUCCAGAGCGUCAUGGUUGUAGCGCCUGGAUCACCAGAAUUGUCACAAUGCGUACAAGAUGUGUCACUAACCUUUAUAGCAUAUUUGCAAGUGGACCAGACCAUGGAUCUAACCAAGACCACCGAUAAACUUACAGCCAAGUUGCUCAAGUCACGACAGUCGCUGCAGGGCUAUAAGAAGAAGGUAGAGGCGCCUGACUACGAGUCCAAGGUGCCAGAAAACGUACGACAGCUGAAUGCGACAAAGAUACAAGAACUGGAUCUAGAAAUAACACAACUAGAGCGGGCCAUAGCGGAACUAGAACGCCUGCGUUUGUGA